CCAUCUCUGAUCUGAGACCUGGCAGGAUGAUAACAUAACGUCACGUGACAUAAAUACGCUUUUGAACAGGAUGGGCGUAGAAGUGGGCGUGGCGAAUGACAUGCGCUGGCUCGCUGGUGGUGGGCUGCCUGGUGGUGCGCAUGCGCGGAGUAUUGGCUCGUUUCUGUGGUCGGACGCGUUUGUGAUGGUCCGAGAGCUCACCGCUCUUACUGGGGAAUAAAACAACACUGGAUUAAAACAUAAACACGUAAAGGAAUGUGAACCCUGUCAGAAUGAUACGGCAUGGAUAUCGUCUGUUUUUUCCCUGAAGAGAAGUGAGUUUAUCUUGGUCGGAUCUGAGGAGGGAGGCGGCCCGGAUGCUAGUCAGGAUUUCUCUCAGGAGAUUUUAUUAUCCGAGAAAAAAUAACUAAAAGAGGAUUUUUAUUUAAGGAAAGGAUUUUCCAAAAAGUAGUUUGGGAUUAUCUUCUCGUUAUUUGGAGUUUCAGCAACAGGAUGUGUGUAAUAACUGACAGAGUGUGAGCGCAGCAGGCUUGUGUGUGUGUGCGUGCUGAGCAGCAUGUUGCCGGGUGUGGGUGUGUUUGGGACGGGGCAGACCGUGCGCUCCCUGGUGUCCUUACUGCAGGAGGAAGGGUUCCCGGUUCAGGCCGUCUGGGGCCGGACGCAGGAGGAAGCGGAACGUCUGGCUGAUGAUCUCAGCAUCCCCUUCGCUACCAGCCAAUCAGAUGACGUCCUGCUGCGACAGGAAGUCCACCUCGUGUGUAUUCUGACGCCGCCGCCGCACACGCGCCAGAUCGCUGUGAAGGCACUGGGCAUUGGAAAGAAUGUGAUCAGCGAGCAGGCCGCUACGCUGACUGAUGCGUAUACGAUGGUGAUGGCGGCACGGUAUUACCCGCAGCUAAUGAGCAUCAUGAACAACGCUCUGCGCUUCCUUCCCGCCUUCAUUCUGAUGAAGCGCCUGCUCGCAGAGGGCUACUGUGGAACGCUGCAGGUGUGUGAGGCACGUGUGUACGGCGGCUCAUUGCUAAGCCAGUCGUACGGCUGGGCGUGGGAGGAGCUGAUGGGCGGCGGCGGCUUGCACACUGUCGGCUCUCGCAUUAUUGACCUGCUGAGCUACCUGACUGGGGGGCGGGCCGUUCGCGUGCACGGAAUGCUCAGGACCUUUGUGCGUCACGGUGGUUCGGGCGGCGGCAUCCGCUCUGUCACGGCCGAUGACUACGCCUGCUUCCAGCUGCUCAUGGCAGGGGGCGUGGUCUGCAACGUGACACUGAACUUUAACCUCCCGGGUGCCGAGCUUCACGAGGUCAUGCUGGUGGGGUCGUCCGGCAGACUGGUGGCCAAGAGCACCGAGCUGUACGGCCAGCGCAACGGCACCAAGGGGGAGGAGCUUCUUUUGAGCGAUACUGUCUCAGGGGCAGGGCCUUCAGUCUCGGGAUUGAAAGCGAUGGUGACUCAUUUGCGCGAGUCGUUCCAGGCGCAGGAGGACCGGCGCUCGUGGGUGCAGCAUUCAGUCGCCAUGGCGGCUACGUUCGAGGAUGGGCUGUACGUUCAGACAGUGGUGGACGCUAUCAAAAGGUCGAAUCGUAGCGGCGAGUGGGAGAGCGUGGACAUCAGGACCGAGGACGUGGAUCCAAAUCAGAACCACAGAACCACCCCGCUCUGAACUGGAAGUAUUCAGAAACGCCACCUUCCCAUACACCUGGUGUUUAUUCAGCGUCGUCCAUCAGCCGCUCGUCCUCGCAGUUUAAUAUCAGGAUGAAUAUCUGAGAAUCACAUCACGGUGCUAAAGGUUUGACUGUGUGUCUGUUGAUGCCUUAAAAAAAUUAAAAGGUCAGAUUUAUAAACCUCAACACUACAGAUUAGAUGGUUUGAUCAGAGACACACCUCACUCACAUCAGACUUCUAAACAAACAUUACUCACUACACUACGCACGCCUGCUGUGAAUACAGUGCACUUCAAGAAUGUUCUUUACACAACACUACUAUCACACACACACACACACACACACACACGCUCAUGGCACUGCACAAUGAAAACAAACAGUGUUCUGUUCUUUUACCUCUUUCUGUUUAGUAUUUGUGGUAAACACCGAGGGUAGUUUUAAAAAGUCAUUCACUGAAAUAUAUUUUUAGGAAAGAAGAAACUUUGAAGAAUUAUUAUUUCCGUUUUUUAUUUUAUGGGGGUUAUAUAAACAGGCACAUGCAUAUCCUUUACAUUUCAGCACCAGACUUCGUACUGUAAACUCUGAUAUUAUUACAACAGAUCAGUGAACGUUUCUCUAUGUUAUGAUUGUACACUUUCUCUUGACUU